AUGUGGCUAUUCCUGCUGGGGCUGGUUGUUAUCGGACAUGUGACCGCGUCCCUCGUAGACAAAGGACGGGUCAUCGAGUUUGAAGGAGUAUCAUACUACGCCCCUGGUUCCUCGAUUGCCCAGCUCAGCAACAAUUGCACUCACAGGACCCUGGCCACCGCCGAAGUUGUUCCUGGCUACGACUUGUUUCCUCUGACCGUCGUCCAGACUGCAUCCGGAUAUUUGAGUGCCGAGGAGCUCGCCAACAUCACCUCUGAGUACACUAAGCUGGACGACGUGUUUCAACCGGCCUUCUUGAGAACAAUCUACCUUCAGCCUACCGAACAGAAUCCUGCUCCGGUCAUUGAUACUGCAUCUUUCGAGUCCAGCCAGGGGGGCUCGAAUGUAAAGCUGUUCAUCAACCCCGGCGGCACCGUGGGAAAUUGUAAGGUUCUCAUGACUGGCAAAACUAUCACCAAUCUCCCAAAUGGUCCUUACUUCGCCUCUGCUGUCACCGGCGACAUCUUCAAGGCCUACAGACUGUACGAUGACAACAAUCUUGCCUUCAUUCAGGGCGUUAUCAGCGACGAGCAGGGAGCUUACAUGUCGUUGCCUGCUAUCACGGAGAACGUCAUGGCCAAGAGUGUCGCGGUGCCGUCGAGGUUGUACUACAAGACCACCGAGCAGCAGCCCCUCGCCGGUCUUCGUUUUGGCGUGAAGGACAUUUUCCACGUCAAGGGACUUGGCACCAGCGGUGGCAAUCGCGCUUAUUUCUAUCUCUAUGGCCGACAAAACAACACUGCUCCGGCCGUACAGCGCCUCAUCGACCUUGGUGCAGUCCUCGUGGGCAAGAUGGGCACUGUGCAGUUCGCCAACGGGGAUAAAGCCACGGCUGAUUGGGUCGACCUCCAUGCUCCCUUUAAUCCUCGAGGUGACGGUUACCAAGACCCUAGCGGUUCGUCGACGGGUCCCGGAGUGGGUGUAGGCGCGUAUGAGUGGUUGGACCUCUCCAUGGGCAGUGAUACUGGUGGCAGCAUGCGCGGGCCCGCCGGAUCAAACGGUAUUUUCGGCAACAGACCAUCGACCGGUGCUAUUUCUCUGGACCACGUGAUUCCGCUCUCCCCUGUAAGCGACACAGCCGGUAUCUUCGCCCGCAGCGGCACGUUGUGGGCCAAUGCAACGAAGGCCUUCUACCCUAAUAUGCAAUCCAACUGGACCACGUUCCCUAAGACUCUCUAUUACCCGCCCACCAUGUCAAGCGCAUGGGACAGCGGUAUCAGCCCCGACGCCGUGAACAUGGUAGAAGACUUCGUUCAGAAGCUGGGCAACUUCCUCGACACUGAAGCGCUUCCGGCCAAUUACACCCAGCUUUGGGCCGACACCCGCAGUGACGCUCCCGCUGUCGACGAGAUGCUAAAUUUGACUUACGCUGUCUUUAUCUCACACGACCAGUGGCAGCUACUCGGCAAGCCCUUCUUCCGCGACUAUGCCGCCAAGAACGGCGGUCGCAGGCCUUACGUCAACCCAGGCCCCUUAGCUCGCUGGCAGUGGGGACAGGUCAAUGCCCCUGACGAGGUUUACGCCCAGGCCCUCCGCAACAUAUCCAUCUUCGCAGAGUGGUAUUCCACCGAGGCAUACGGCCGUCACGACCCUGAGUCAUGCUCCGAGAGCGUUUACACCUACAUCUGGCAGAGCGGGCAGCCGUCCUACCGAGACCAAUACUUCUCGGCGCCUACCGCUCCCCCGUUUGGUAUGAGCGAUUCACGCGUCGCCGUGAUAGCUGGUGCUCCUGAGGUAGUUGUUCCCAUUGGCGAGGUACCUUAUAACAGUACCAAAUCCCUACAAAUUGAAUACCUCCCAGUAUCAAUGGCACUCAGAAUGGCCAGGGGCUGCGACUUUGUCCUUGCAAACUUGGUGGCCAAGAUGGAGGAGGCCAACAUUAUCCGGGCUGUUGCUGCUGGCUCUAAGUUAUUCCCUUAUGACUACGAUUAA